UGGAUCAGCAAAAGGAAACAUCGGAAAUAUGGCGAUUGACAUAUUUCAAUGGAUUAUUAUUGGGUUAUUGCUGCUGUUACCAAUACUUUAUGAGCUGAGCACAUCCUUUAAAUAUUAUGCAAAGUUCUUCUUCUUUUAUGCUAUUAUAAACGUAAUAUCCUUACUGGUUGUAAUCGUUGGAAUAUGGCGACCAAAAGAUGUAAACAAUAUCUGGAUUGUAAUAGCCUCGAUGAAAGUUGUGAAGAAGUUAUUUGGAAUAGAAGUAGAGGUCAGAGGUCAAGAGCAUCUACAGUCUAAUGAACCUUUCAUAUUAGUGAGUAAUCAUCAAAGCUCACUGGAUUUCUUUGGUAUGAUGACCAUAUGGCCUGACAGAUGUACAAGUUUAGCCAAAAAGGAAUUAAUUUAUGCAAUAUUUUUUGGCAUUGCUGCCUGGUUGUGUGGGACUAUCUUUAUUGACAGAUUAAACCAUGAUAAAGCUCUAGACACUUUAAAAAAUACAGCAGAACUCAUCAAAAAAGAAAAUUUGAAAGUAUAUGUAUUUCCUGAGGGAACCAGAAAUUGUGAAUCGGGGAUGUUACCAUUUAAAAAAGGAGCCUUCAAUUUAGCAGUUCAAGCACAGGUUCCAGUUGUACCUGUUGUAUUUUCUACAUAUUCAGAUUUCUACUGUAAACGAGAUCAUAGAUUUGAAUCAGGUAAACUUGUGAUACAGUGCUUGCCAAAGGUACCUACAGAAGGUCUAGGUCAAGCGGACGUAGGCGAAUUAACGGAAAGUAUUCGCAAGGACAUGUUAGACGUUUUUAAUCAAAUCUCGUUGGAGAUGCGACAACCGAAGUUAGUCAACGGUUUGAAAUAGACAGGAUCUGAUCUCCUUUAAUCAUAUCAGGUUAUCUUAUAUAUCAGCAUCCUGUUUUGUUAUAUUGACCUAUUGAACCCAGUGAUUUACAUAAAUAUUUCAUCAACAUUUAUCAUACCUUAGCAAGUUUUUAAAACAUAGUGUGUUUGAUAGACUUAUAUAUCUGUACUGUUGCUUUCUGUUAAGUCGACUAUUUAUUACCAUAGUUACAAUGAAAUUUGUCUGUUGCCAUAGUUACAAUGAAAUUUGUCUGUUGCCAUAGUUACAAUGAAAUUUGUCUGUUGCCAUAGUUACUGCGAAAUUCGUCUGGUGCCAUAUAGUUACUGCGAAAUUGAUGGGUAACCAUAAUUACUUUGAGAUUGAUUAAUUAUGAAGGCAUACAAUGUAUUGUAUCAAUACAUAUACAAUAGUUACAUGUUUAGAGAAUGCUACUUUAAAUUUGUGUAUCUCAAAAUUUCAACAGUCAACCCCAUACAAGCUUUGGGCUUUAGUGCUAGACAUUUGGUGCCAGAUGUUUUUUUCAUCUGUGGUGGAGAGCACAUACAUGUAGCCCAAGGAAAAAAUUUGGGAAAAAGUUGAAACCGAGUAAAGAGACAAGAAUUACCUAUAACAUUUUAAAGCAAUGAAAGAAUAUUUGGUGGUCUGCAUCCGGUAGAAUAAACGUUAUUACCUCCCUUGAAACUAGCUGGCCCUGGUGGAAAAUCCUGAUUACUGACUGUAAAAGUCCCUUGAUGAAUUGUAAGUAAUCUUUGGCAACAGACAAAAAAUCUCAUGACACACUUUUGAUUAGAGAGUGAAAACAGACUGAUCUGCAAUGGAAUUUCACUCGGCCGUUAGAAUCACUGGCACGCAUGGUGUCUGUGACAAAUUGAUUAUGCAGCAACAGAGCCAUAUAUAUAUAUAUAUACAUGUAGAGUGAUACAUAUAAUCUGGCCAACUAAGGUCAUAAGUGGGUAAAAAAUGUCUUUUUUUUCUCUUAAUCUAUCUUAACGCUACGCAAUUGCAUAUUUUUUGCACAGUCCCAGCAUUUGACCUGUUAUACAUGUACCUUAUACGGAACUAUCAUUCCAUUCGUUUUCACUGACAUCCAUUAUUUUAUAUUUGUUAUGUUCUAAUAGUUGAUCUGUUAAACAUAAACAUGUAGAUAGGGUAACAAACGGACAAACAUGACCACAGUUGGCCAGGCACUCUUUAUGCAUGUGACCUGUGGGAGCAAAAUGAGUCGGAAAUUGCAAGGUUUUUAUUUACCAUAUAUAGGAAAAUGUUAAAAUAAUCUAAAAAUAUAUUUAUAAUGAAAACUAAAUUUGGUUAUAUUUUAAGCCUAUUUUGAAAUUUUUGUUUGUAUAUUGUAAAUAAUGACUUGUGGCUUCCAACUCAUUUUGCUGUUACGGGUCACAUAUGGCUCUAGUAUGCUGUAUUUAACAUCUAUACGCUACAAAUCAGGUAUUAUGCAGGUUUUCUGUUUUAGCAGGAGUUCCUCCUUUAAUAUUUAGUUUCAAAUCAUUGUUGGAGAACUGUUCAAGUUCAUUGAGAAUCAUAGAUAACUAUUGGGUCUCUACUGCGGCCAGUGUCCGAAACAAACAUUUUCCAAGCACAGGCCCGCAGGACUUGUGUGUCACAUGAUCAUGUGGGUCCUUCAGGUGACAAGCAGGCCCAACCAAAAAUAAUAAUAUUUAUAGUUUCCAAGCUUCGAAGCGCAGAACAUAGUGGCCGGUUCAUUGUUUUACAAAGCCGACAAAAAAAAAACAGUUACAAAUCAAAGGCUGGUUACGCAAGUCAAUGUUUGGAAAAACAGCAGCUUCCGUCAUGUCGAUGACAAGUAAACAAUAACCGUCAAUUAUCGGAGACUCAGGGGCUGCGUUUCUUUGACAGUUCUACCAUUUCCAGAAUAGUCGUAUGUGGACACUAACUAUGCGAGAUAAGAAGGCGAAGGCCCGGCGGACCCGAGUGAAAUAGGCAAGCAGGAGUCAUCCGAUAAAUCAGUUGGCCUCGGGCCUACGGACCGACGUUUGUGUCGAACACUGACUGCGGCGUAGUUUUAAAUUGGUCUUUCUAAAUUAGAUAAUGAUUGUUGGGUUUAUAACUGUUGAGUUAAUUACUCCACACCUUUUGAGAAAGUAAACAGUUUUAAUGGAGCUAAAUCGCUAAUAUUUGGGACCUAGAAAUUGACACAAAUGUGUCGCAGCGCAUAUAAUAAUGUAAUAAUGUUAUGUACGGCAAACUAUGCAAAAGGUCUCAGUCGAAUAGCAAUCUCUAGCGUCUGUUUAUUCUAGUCUACACUGAUAGUAUUUAUUGCGCAUGCUCUCCAGACAAUAUGUUGUUACCGUUUGACAUGACUUCUGGAAUAUAUCUAGUCUCAUUCUUCGAGUCCCUUAUUACAAAUAGCGCUGAAACGCAUUAUGGUACACGAUUUGUGUACCAAUGGUAAAAUGUUUAUUUUGUCUUAAAUAUUGGAUAUCAGAUGCACAUCUUUUCCACCGGUAAGAUCACAAUAUCAAUGUUGAUUUAAAUUGACAAAUAAUUUGUGUUUUCAUUGUCGAAGACGUUGGAUGAUAUUGAGUUAGAGACUUAGUUACUUUAAAACCAACUUGAACAGUUUUUCAACAACAGUUUAAACUAAAUAUUAAAGACAGGAACUCCUGUUAAAACAGCAUGAUACCCAAGUUAUACAAUAUAUACAUUUUAACAUGGCAUCCUUUGGGAGUCAACUCAAUGGAAGACAAUAAGUAGUUACAUGUAUUGUACUCGAGAAUUUAAAAAUAAAAUAUCAAAUAAUAAAAAUAUAUGUAUUUUAUGAUUUUGAUAUCAGUUUAGUUUAAACUAAUUUUAUGGCAUCAACAUUACGCCAUACAAUAAAAAAGGAUUAGACAAAAGUCUAAUCUUUAACCCUUUGGUACUUGGUACAUGUAAAUAUUGAUUACCCCAGAAAAUUAUAGAAAAAUAAUAUAAUAAUGGUGGUACAGAAGCUCUACAUGUAGAUAGGGCAGUUGGGUUGGUCAGAAUGCUAAAGGGUUAAUCUGUUUUUAUCGCAGGGUAGGUUUUGUAAAAUUUUAUGUUAAAUUUUUCUUUUCAUUUGCUUAGGACAUACUUUGUGCCAUAUUGGAAAUGCUUUUAUUAGCUAUUAGUAUUAUGUACUAUUGGAAGAAAUACCGGGUUUAUGUACAUUUGCACUCACAAUGAAAUUGACCAUAUUGAUCAGUAAGCUGUAACCCAUUCAAAGACUUUAGGCCUACAAUAAUUUGUAAAUUGUGAUAAACAAAAUACAUGAAAAAGUCUGUCUGUUACAGCUACUGAAGGUCAUUUGCAUAUUUUGUACUAUAUCUAAUUAACACCUUAAUAUCCACACUCAAUAAAUGCACGCAUAUUGCUUAUUUAAUAUUUAAUCAAGAAAAUCAAAUCAAAAUACCAAUGGUAGAUAAUCUCCUGGCUUGGUCUCAAUUGAAUUAAAAAGAGGUCUAACACUUUUAGAUGGUGCUAGCUCGUUGGCAGAUGAUGCUGCAUAUUGUGAAGUUUUAAGUUCCACAUACAUGUAUCUUUGUAACUACUGAACAAAAUUGAAUAAUUUAUGAUUGAUAUUCCAUCUAUUGAUUAAAUUUUCACAACAUUGCAAUGAAUUUAAAAUCCCUCAAAUGAUGAUCAGAGAUUUUAAUAUUUUGUAUCGCGAUUCCUGAUGUUUGAUAUGGGGUAUUUCUUCUCUUUUUGCUGGUUUUGUAAUAUUUUGUUGUAUAUUAUUACUGUAUAUCUAUUUUAAAGUGUGUAUAUAUAAGGUAUUGCAAAUUCCUGUGUUUUGAUAAUAAAUUUAUCUUAAAAUUAGUUUGUAAGAACCAGUUUGAAGCAUUCUCACUGAGACUUAAGUUAAGAAUUUACUCAACUUUGAAUCAGUGUUUAUGAGAAAUAUCUUGGAUUCAGAAACAGAAAAAUGUGCACAUAGUUUCUUAUUGAUGUAUUUGAUACAUUAAAAGUUUAAUAAAGGGCUAUGUUGUAGUUAAAACAAGGCAAACAAUUUUAAGUAAAUUCUUACAUAAGUCUGAGACAGUUUUGUGAAACAAGGGGCUCUUGUUUCAGUAAUAAUUGCCAGUCUUGACUGACUGUAGGACUUUAAUGUUAGUCAAUUUUUAUGCUAUGAAAUUAGAUUUUAUGCAUAAGAUGCAUUAUGUAGGAUUUAGAUAAAGAGCUGACAGUUCUAUAAUGGCUAUAAUGGUUCAAAAAUAGAUAAUGAAAAAGAAAUAUAUUGAAAAUUCCAGUCAAAUUACUUCAUUUUAAAGGAAGUAUUGACUGUUUGAAGAAUCGCCUAGUCUCAAUUUUCAUUGUUACCAUUAUGGUGCUUGUGUUUAAAUCCGUUCGAAAUCACAACCAUCCGAUGAUCUAGGGAGCUGAUUAUUGGCUUGUCAUAUAAAUAAUUUAUAUAACAUUUAAGGCCAAAAAGAAAGAUCUGCAAUAUGCAGAUUUAGCUCUUACAUAAUGUAUCUUUAACCUUAAAACACAGUUAAAUGUGUAAAAACACAACCGUUUUGUUCAGGUUUUUUUUUUAAAAACACAUAUCUUGUUAAUCCAAGGUAAACGAACUGUGUCAAAUAUUGACUUCCUGUCAAGUGGAAGCCCUGGUAAUGAUCAUCUGUUCAAAACAUAUUUCUUGUUCAUUUCAUACCAUAUCUGAUGUAACCAGGAUGUUCAUUGUACAUAUGAUACAGAUAAUCUGAUUGGUGGACAGAGUCUUGAACUAAAAAUAUUUUAAGGAUGUGGCCUGUUGAUUGGUUGAGGCUUCAAAAUUCAAAUCCUGUUACACUUUUCAGCUCUUGCUUUCUUAAAUUAUAUUAGUUUAAGCUAAAUAUAUUUUGAUUAUUUGUUGAGGCUUCAAAGUUUAGUACAAACUUCAUCUUUUAAUUGAAAAGGUUAAUAUUCUUAAGAAAAUAUUUAAUAAUUGGUGAAUAAUGCCCAAUUCUAUAUUUAUAAUUAUGAUUAUAAAGACUGAACAAUAUGCCAAAAACAUUAUUUAGAUACUUCAAAUAACUGUGGAUCUAAUACAGGGUGACCCCCCAAAAAAACAGAACCCAUUAAAAUUUUAUAAAAAUUCCAAGAAAUUUCGCUGGACUUAAACUUCUGUCUGUGGAAAUCAUUCCCCAAAUUUUCAGACAUCUUGAUCAUUUUGCUUAUCCCUGAUUUUUGCAGCGAUCAUGUGUACCUGAACAACCCUCAAACGAUUGGUGAAUUAAAGGCAACAAUCAGGGAAAUCCCCAAAGAGGAACGUGUUCGACUAAUUGACAAUUUUGCACGAUGUAUGCAAGUUUGCCUCCAACGCCGCGGCGAAGGCCAUUUGGGGCAUAUUUUGGAAUUAACAUGAUUUUUAUGCAAAGCAACCAAGAUUACUGAAACUUUGGGGAAUUGCCGUACACAGACUGACUGAUAGUGAAAUUGGCUGAUUGUAAAACUUAUCUGUUAGUCAUUUUACAUGCCCUAAAAGUUAAAAUGUCGACAACUUUGUGAACUAGGUAGUGUUCUGUACACUUGGUAAUCUUUUUCUGAAAAAUGACCAAGGCUCUGUCAAUUUAAUUACCAUAGUCUCGGUCACCCAGAACCUCCUAAUCUUCAACUUACUGGAGGACUAGAUGUAUUUGUUAAGCCCAACUCAAUUUUCGUCAAGGUCGCUGAGACGUAAAUAAGAUUAGGGCGCGUGAUUAUUGGUGAGAUUGUGGGUUAGGGCAAGCGUUAGGGCUCUGUCCAGGGUUAGGGUUGGGAUAAGCGCCAACCCUGUUUACAUCACGUGACCUCUGACCAAACUUGAAGUUGACCUUACCAAUUAGAUGUAACCCACAUUGUUCAUUAUCAAAGUUUUUAAAAGUUUGUUAAAAAUGUAAAUAUGUAGUUUAUGUUGUCAUUUGUUUAUCACUUUAUAAAUAAUGCAAAUUUAUCAAGCUUAGGCUAUAUUUUAUACAUAUUCAUGUAUUAGAUGCAUUAAACCCGACAUGUUAUUGACAAUAUAAACAUGAUAAGGAUAUCGUAGUUAUGCAAGGUCAUCGCCUAUUUAGCGUUAUUUGUCGAUAGUUUAAUCGUUGGUGCGCGCCAAAAUUGACUGUUUUCAGUCCUUAAGUUUAUUAUGCUUCUUUUUGCCAAAUUUGCGUUCGGUUUUCAUACCACUUUAAAGGGUAUGCGCAGUUAUAUGAUUUACCGUCUAGAUCUCGUCGAAAUUAUAACGUUCUUUGAUUUUUAUUACUAACAGGGGAACCUCGGUUGUUAAGGGUAAUGGUCACUUUUCACAGGUUCGAAAGUGACGUGUUUUAGAUGUCAAAGCAUUAAAGAAAAUUCCAGUGUAUAUUAAGAAAUUUAAAAACAAAAAAAAAUCCCGUUUUCAUUAGCCCAGUCAGUGCAGAACAUCAGGAACGUUAAACCCCCAUUUUAUUUCAUUUGUGUUGAAAAAAAAAGAUAAAAACCGAUCAGAUUUGUAUUGGGCCUGGAUUUUCUCCGGGUCCGUGCCCCCUCCCCUCUAAACACUGCUACAGACUCCUACGGACAACGAUAUGUUAGUCCCGAAAAUGACAUAAUUUGGGUCGAGUGGACAUUAGACUCUCUCUCCAUUUCAUUCCUAGAAUAUAUUAUUUAGAUAUUUUGGUUGGUGCUUGUUCGACCAUUAUAUUGUAUGUUAUUAAUUUAAUGUUUUAUUUUUGGUCGGUGAAAAAUAUAUUUUACCAUUCUGCUAGUUUUGUUUUAUAUAAUUGAUUUGACUAUGUACACAAACCAAAGUUCUAUAAAUAGAUUUGAAUAAAAUGGUCGUAUCUAAGAAAUCAAUCAGCCAAGCCGCUGUGUUAAUCGUAAUAAUUUCAAACUUUAUUGCAAGUUAUUGACGUGUCGUUUACGUCGUAGUUAGUGCCGAAUUUAGGCCCUAGGCUACUCCACUUAUUAGAUCCCUCCCCUCACUCACAAAUAGAGAUAGAUCAGAGUGUGUUUUAAUCACAACUGAGAAAAGCAGAUUAUGAUGUUGGGUGUUUAAGACUGUAGUGCGUGUCAAAAAUAGUACACACCUUGGCCGUAGGGCCCCUAUAGAUUUUGAGAUCCUAGACUUCAGCCUGUGAAUAUAUAUAAAUGAAUGAGGUCGUUCUUCUUGGAAUUAACUUACAUUCCUGAUUUUAUCACGUUAAAUAGAUAUUUCUAGUAUAUUGUCUAUACAUACAGAGACUAGUAAAUAUAGGUAUAUAUAUAUAUGUAUGUAGUUAUGGAUUGAACAAUAAAUACAUAAAGUUUCAA